GUAUUUGGAAUUGGUAUAUGAGAUUUCAAAACAUCCGUCAAAUUUCAUAGCUUCUAUAGCAAUAAUGUUCUGGCAAUCAGCAAUCCGACAUCCACAUGUUUCCAAGACAUUCAAAGAACAAGAACAGUUAUUAUUAAUGCUUUUGGAAUUAUUUGCUGAGAGACUUAGAAUACUGUUCCAAAAAGAAGAUGCUGAUAAUCAGACUACGCAUUACAUAGAUAUGGAUUUUGAUUCAAGCAAUGAAUAUAAAGCUUUUGCUCUUACAUUUCGUACUAGACUUGUUGAAACAAUAACUUUAAUUACUCAAAUGCGGCCGAUAGAAUCUUUCAAUUGGAUGGUGAACAGAAUUCAGAAAACAUUAAUUAUAAGUCCGAGUGAAGAAGAUCUGGAUAGUGAUGGCAUCUGUAAACCAGAGUCUUCAACUUAUUUCAUAUUUGAAGCAGAACUGAUGUUGAUGGAUUCUAUCGUUAUCGGGGUCGGAAAAUUGAUCAAGUCCCAUGAAAACCAGGAUGCAAAUUAUGUUAAAAUAAUGAAUGGAAUGAAUAACUUGCUUCAAAUGCUAUUGAAUCUUGAUUAUCCGGACGUAAUAAUGUCAAAUAGAUAUUUGGCCUCUAUGAUACCAUUUGUAGAUAUGCUAAAUGUGGACUCGACGUUAUUAUUUCAAGUUUUACAAAAGAUAUUCCAGUUUACUAUAUUUCGUCCCCCUGGCUUUCCUUCUACCGUCCCUCUUCCACAACAAAUUCAUCGAUUACGAUCCGGAGCUAUUGCAAUAUUGAUAAAGUUUGGAACAUCAAUGCCUGAUGUUUUAAUGAAUAUAUAUAAUGAUAUUGCAAGUUAUGUAAAUAACAUUAUUGAUAGUAAAAAUAAUAUUGUUACGAGAAAAGAAAAAACUUCUUUUAAAAUUUUCUUACUCUGCAUUAUAUAUUACUCUAAUAUUCCGUUAGAACAAAAAAAGGCUCUCUUUAAUUCAAUAAUGUUACCGAUAAUGAAUAAAUGGCUUUCUCCUGAGAUAACUUGUUUUAUUACUUCCAUAACACAAUUUCGUGAUGCUAUGGGUUUAAAUUUUUUGUCCUCAAUUAUAAUUAAUAUGAAACAAAAAGGUACCAAUAAAACCUAUUCAGAAAUUUCAAAAGAACAUCAUGAAACUGUAGCAAGUUAUAAAUCGGCACGGUACAACCUGACAUUAUUGGUAGACUCAAUGAAUAACUUUUUAGUAAAGACAACCGAAGGUGCAUCAAAGGGAAUUUCUAGCUCUACAUAUUCAGAAUUGUGGGAGCAAUACAUACCUACAAUAUUGUCUGCAAUAUUAGCUCUUAUACGAAUUAUUCACCAGCUAUGGAACAUUGAAUCAUGGCGAGAGUAUCCAGAAGAAUUACGAGAGUUGUUGGUAUUAAGCAAAGAAGACAAAGCAAGCAUUGUAGGGCAAGCAAUAAAUUCACCAUCAACAAACAAUAACGAACAUCCUUAUACAGUAGCUGGUAUGAUUGGUCUGAUGCACAAGUGGUUAUCUAAUCUAAGGAUUGACAGCUAUCGUAUUCUUGGUCGAUUAACAAUGUUUGGUCCAGCAUUUUAUUCCAUUCCAAAUGCUCAUGUAUCUAUUAUGCAAUCGUUAUUUGAAAACGUCGAAAUCGUCAGGCCUUAUAUUCUUAAAUGUCAAACACCUGAAGUCCUUUCGGGAUUUUUUCCACAAUUAUUAAAAUAUCUAGACAAAAAAUUGGUCACAGAAUGGCAAAUUCAAGUUGAAAAAGGGAUUCAGAUCUCAAUUCCGGAGAAUAUUCAAUUAUUGCAGAAUAAUUCGAAUACUACCAAUAAUAUAUCAGAUGAAAUAUUAAAUGAACAAGUAUUAAGAUAUUUGACGAGGGCUUACAUUGAUAUAUUUGAUCAAAUCUUUUCACCGAUAUCUAAGAAACAAGCAACUGAUAACUAUAAAACCUCAUCAAAUACAUUAGAGAACAUUGCACUAAAAGAAUAUAUGCUAAAUUAUAUGCCAAUUACUGAAUCUUUCUUGGUGAGCUUAUGCCAUCUCUUGACUUUCAAAGAUACAGUAUCUUGUGCACGAACAUCUCAAUUAUGUGCUAGAAUAUUACCGAAUCUGAUAGAACAUGAAAGAUUGAGAGAAUUUGUCGGGACUUCUUUAUUAACUGCAGCACUACAGGCCUUACAUGAUGGAUAUCAUAAAGAGUCCCAUCAUGCAUUAAUUUCUUUGAUUACGGAUAUUUACGUAGAUUUGAGACCAUUGUCAUCUGUUCCAUAUGAAACCUUUGCGCAAUUAUUGAAUGUAGAUCAUGUUCAGUUACAGAACUUUGAAACUUCUUUAAGUCGAGCAUCCGAAAGUAAAACUCGUAAAAAGAAAGUGAAAGAAUUCCUUGAAGGAAUAACAGGACUUUCCACAGAAGAAUGGUUCAAAAUACCCGAUACAGCACCUGUGAGCUCGACCCGUAAGACAGUUCUUGGUGUUUAUUCAAAACCUGAAAUUGGAGUUCUGGAUGUUGUUGAAGAUCCUUACGAUACAGGAAUUGUUAAUUUGUUUGAUUAA